CUGCUGCGGCUUUUAAAACGCGAAACGUCGGUCGGUAGAGCGUUCACAUUGUGGUGGUUGAAUCGAAGUUCAAGUCGUUCGCGUAAAGGUACAACCAAACAAAAAAAAACUAUUCAGUUUUUGGCCAACAGCGAUUGUUCUUACGUUUAUUUGAUUAAGGAGAAAAACAGCUUGAAAAUUGUUCAGCAGCAGCUAAAAAAGCAAUCUAAAAACUAAUUUGAGUGAAAUACCAAAAAGUGGAACAACAAAAACUUUAAAUAUUUAUCCAAAAGGCCAAAGCAGCGAACAGAACAUCAACAGCCGCAAUAAGUAUUAGGAGGAGGCCCAUCCCCGAACCCCACAAAGAAGACAAGCAAAAGACAACAUAAGCCACGGGGGAAAGCAGCCAACGAACGGGCCAAAUGCAAAUUCAUAAGCAGAGGACCUGAACCUGAAGAUACAACCUCCAGAUAGAACACAUUUCCGCACUGAUACAGUGGGUCGGUAGAGAGAGAGAGACUGUGUUUGUUUAUUGCCUCGACUCAGCGACUGGAACCGCGAGAAUCCACAAGAUGCCCGGCCACUUGCACGCCAUAGAUCUUUGAGACCUCAGUGGCAGUACCCAAACCCCACACUCUGGUCUGCAUGCGUUGCACAUACAAUAUUCCAUCAGGCAGCAAUAUUUGGAGAGUGCCGUCGGUUGGUUGGGCAAUCGCCAGAUAAAUUCUAAUAAAUAGCCAGACAACAGAAUACUUGGCAUAAAAAUAAAUAAGAAUCGAAGAACCCGGAACGCAGUACGCAGUACGGAACUCGAACGCAUUGCAACAGAUUCAUCUGAGGUGUCGAGUGCAUUGCCCAGGCCAGGCCAGGCAGCAGCAGUUGGAGAUCUUUGUGGCAGCAUAGACGUAGGUCGCGGCCAAAGUGUUGCAAAGCAGGGGCACAGCCAGAGGCAACGGCAACCGCAGCGAGGUGUACACAUUUGGCACCAUGGAGGGCGGUUACGUCAAUGAAGCCAUCAUAUCCUAUACCAAUCCCAAGCUACAAAUGCCCCUAAUGGCAUCUGCAAUAUACGCGCCCACCACAACAUCCAAAUCUACAGCUACAGCAGCACCCGCUUCGGCUUCAUUAUCAUCAACACCACAACCACACUGCUCCUCAUCUUCGCCAGCAUCAGCAGCAUCAGCACCAUCCGCAUCCGCAUCCGCAUCCUCCGGGCCGGUUGGGGGAGGUGCUUUCCAAGGAUUCGUUACGAAAUUGCGUAAUUUCAAAUUUGAUGAUACGAAAAAUAUUAGAAAACGUUUCCAUUUCGAUUACAUAUCAAAGGACAGAUUUUUGGGCGGUCAACUGAAGACCAAGAAUGGACAGAAGUACGUGUUCAACGGACCGCCAUCGGGCGUGUAUGUCUCCAGGGCCUGCCUGAUCAUCUCGGCCUUCAUUAUCAUGGUGGCGCUGCUCUUCUCCAUAGCCGUCACCUACUUCUUGGCCCGUCAGGGCGUCUCUGCCCCCACAGAAGCCAGUCCCGGUUGCAUCACCGCUCACCACCCCGAGGUGAACGCCACGCCCAUUGAGACUGCUGGCUGGCUGAGCCUCAAUGCCCCGCCCAAAGCCACGCCGUCAACGGACACAGCAACAGCCCCGGCACCGCCACCUGUUGUGGAAACGGAGCCCAAGCUGGCAAAGGCAGCGCCCGUGGGUGACAUAGCCGUGCCGCCCCAGCCGCCAACGGAAGUCCUCGAUAACAGCACUAAGCCCACAGAUCGUGCUCUCAAGCUCUACGAGGGCUGGCGUCCACUGCACUACAGCCUGCUGAUUGAACCAAACAUUGUGACAUCGUCCAACAACGGCAGCCUGACCAUCGAGAUCGAGCGGGAUGUGGCCAAGGUGAGUGGCUGGGAGCCCAUUGUGCUGGACGUGCACAAUGUGAGCAUCGCCAAUGUGCGUGUCAUUCGGGCGCCACUUGCGGGCAAGACCACCAAUGGCAGCGAUGAGCUGGAGCUGGACUUUGACAGCGACUAUGGCGAGGACAAUGCCACAUUUGUGGUGCGACUGGACAAGUCCUUGGCCGCGGAGCCAAAGCUGCGGCUGCUGCUCAGUCUGGAUUUUAUCAGCCAGGUUACGGAGACACUGCAGGGAGUCUACAAGACGAGCUACACCAAUCCGGAUACCAAAAAGCCAGAAUGGAUGAUCAGCACACAAUUCUCGCCUAUCGAUGCGAGACGCGCCUUCCCCUGCUUCGACCGGCCCGACAUGAAGGCCAACUUCUCGAUCAGCAUCAUCCGCAACAGCCAGUACAAAAUGGCUCUGUCCAACAUGCCCAAGUCGCACAGCAGCGCCUAUCGUCCGGGCUUCAUCAGGGAUGACUUCCUGACCACACCCAAGAUGCCCACGUACCUGGUGGCCUUCAUUGUCUCGAAUAUGGUUGAUUCCCGCUACGCGGCACUCGACAGCAGUGUGAUGCCGCGAGUGGAGAUCUGGACACGGCCGACGUUUGUGGACAUGACCCACUAUGCCUACAAAAUGGUGCGCAAGUUCCUGCCAUACUACGAGGAGUACUUUGGCAUCAAGAACAAGCUGCCGAAGAUCGAUCUGGUCUCGGUGCCGGACUUUGGCUUUGCCGCAAUGGAGAAUUGGGGUUUGAUCACGUUCCGGGACUCGGCGCUGCUGGUGCCAGAGGAUCUGGAGCUGGCCUCCUCGUCGGAGCAUAUGCAGUACGUGGCCCAGAUCAUUGCCCAUGAGCUGGCCCACCAGUGGUUCGGCAAUCUGGUGACGCCCAAGUGGUGGGACGAUCUCUGGCUGAAGGAGGGUUUUGCCUGCUACAUGAGCUACAAGGCCCUGAACCAUGCCCAUCCCGAGUUCCAGAUCAUGGACACCUUCACCAUGCUGGAGUUCAAGGAGUCGAUGCAGCACGACGCGGACAACACCUCCCAUGCCAUCUCCUUUGACGUCAAGUCCACGAAUGAUGUGCGGCGCAUCUUCGAUCCGAUUAGCUACUCCAAGGGCACCAUCCUGCUGCGCAUGUUGAACUCCAUUGUGGGGGAUGAGGCCUUCCGCACGGCUACCCAGGAUCUGCUGCAGACCUUCGCCUACGAGAACAUGGAUCGCAACGAUCUGUGGGCAAUCCUCACCCGCCACGGCCACGAGAAGGGCACUCUGCCCAAGGAGCUGAAUGUCAAGCAGAUCAUGGACUCGUGGAUAACACAGCCGGGCUAUCCGGUGGUCAAUGUGGAGCGCCGUGGCGCUGACUUGGUGCUCCGCCAGGAGCGAUAUCUGCUGCCCGCCCCCAACCCAGCGGAUCACAGUCGCUGGUUCAUUCCCAUCACCUUCGAGACGGACGAGCUGCACAAGGGCGACAACAUACCCACGCACUGGAUGACCAACCAGGAGGACGAGCAGGAGCUCAUCGUCAGCCAUGUCUUCAACAGUGCCAGCAACAACGACAGCGUCGUCUACCUGAAUCUGAAUCGUCAGGGCUACUACCGCGUCAACUACGACAUGAUCUCAUGGCUGGCCCUCAAGAAGAACUUUAGCACCCUGCCACGGAUAACGAGAGCGCAGCUCCUCGACGAUGCACUCCAUCUGUCCCAGGCAGAGUAUCUGCCCUACGACAUUCCGCUGACCUUCCUCAUGGAGCUGUACACGUCCGUGGAUGAUGAGCUGCUGUGGAGUGCUGCCAAGCCGGGACUCAAUUAUCUGAUCUACAACUUGAAACGGGAGCCAGCCUAUGAGACCUUCAGGGCCUUUAUGAAGUUCAUCGUGCGUCCCGCCUUCGAUCAGUAUGGUCUGAAUGAGCCCGACAACGAGUCCCAUCUGCAGUUGAAGCAUCGCGCUCUGGUGGCCAACUUUGCCUGCAAAUUCAACUACGAUCGAUGCACCCAGGUGGCCCAGUCCAAGUUCCGCGAAUGGAUGCGGAAUACCAAAAAGAAUCCAAUUAAACCCAAUUUGAAAUCGGUGAUUUACUGCACGGCUCUGGCGGAGGGUUCCUACCCGGAGUGGUAUUUCGCCUACAAGCAAUACAAGACAACCACAAGCGCCUCUGAAAAGGAGGAGAUACUCACCUCCUUGGGCUGCACCACAAAGCCCUGGCUGCUGUCCAAAUACCUCAACAUGACCAUCAAUCCCACAUCGGGCAUAAUGAAGCAGGAUGGAGCACUGGCCUUCCGCGCCGUAGCCUCCAAUGCCAUUGGCUAUGAGAUUGCCUUCGAUUUCCUGCAGAGCAACAUCAAGGAGAUUGCCGAAUACUAUGGCGAUGGCUUCUCCACGCUCUCCGAGAUGAUCAAGUCCCUGACCAUCUACAUGAACAAGGAGUACCACAAGCAGCAGCUGCAGGACUUGUCCGCCAAUUGCCGCAAGCUGGGCCUCAGGGCCGUCGAGACGGCCAUCAAUCUGGCCAUGGAGCAGGUCAAUGAUAAUAUCUACUGGCGCAGCCACUCCUACCACAGCCUCAAGAACUUCCUCGAGGGCAUUGUCAGCGAGUUCCAGAUUAACAUUUUCUAAGUAGAAGCUGAAGCUGAAGCGAAAGUAAAACA